UGAGAGCAAGUCAAUAAUCCAAAUGCUUGCCGUGGUGUACACCCAUGGCUGUCAUGGCAGCCAGUGACACAUUGAGCCCUGCCGCUGCAAAGCCUCUUCGUGAUGAUCGCCUGAGCGUCCUUGCGCACUGCGCCCGUGGGGGGACCAUCAGCUACGGCAUACCCAGGAAACCUGCACCCCAGGUCCGACAGGAGAAGCUGCCGCCCUCGGAGCCAGAGUCGCCGCUUCUAGCGCCUGCGCUUCCCCCACCGGAGGUCACUGGCGAUGCCGAUUUCCUGGAGGAAGGUGAUGAACUAGGCGCUAUCGAGGAACCUCCACCUGCGAAGGUCAUGAAGCCCGCGUACCUGGGCCAAUACUUUGGCAACUGCGUCGCGCGACUGGAUGGUUCCAGCGAAAGGCCACCCAUGGGCGGCAAGCUGCAGGCUGGGGAGCCAAGGGCCAAGUCCUAUGCGCCGGUGAAGACGCUGGGGGAGGGCGUCGCGCCCUGCUACACACACUUGCCAAAGUGGUCCUUUGGAGGAGGCAAGUCUCGAAGUGAGACGCUGCAGAACUUACCCAAGAGCCAUUCUUCUGCCAGCUUGGCGAGCCUCAAGCGCCCCAAGGGCCGCAGCUUGGCCCGCGGCUUCGGCAGCUCCGGGCGCAGCAGCUUGAAGCUAUCUGACACUCCCGGUCCAGCAGCAUACAACCUUCACAGACUUGGUGACGAGGUUCCUGUUUGGGCUUCACAAGCUCGACUGCCCUGGGGAACUCGCACAGGCGGGCGCUCCAAGCUGCUGAACGCCACUGCCUCGGACGUGGGCCCCGGGGAGUACACGGCAGAGCACCAGCUGAAAACGGCUGCGCCCAGUGCCAAGAUUGGGCAAAAGCUUCAAGAGGCUCCAGACUCUCGGAAAGACUACCCAGCAGCUGGCCACUACCCGCUCGGAAACACAAUCGGCAACGCAAAGCCUUACAAGCAAGGUGCCAAUCCUGGUACUAUGGGCGCAGGUCAGAGAUCGAAGCAUCAGCCUACUUGUAGCCCUGGUUUCAUGUAUGACCCACGAGUGGAGCCCACCACCCACGCACAGACCUGGAGCCAGGGAGAGCGGAAGAGCUGGCUGGAUGCAGACCCUGAUGAGCCUCCUGGGCCAGGAGCUUACAACAUCAAAGAUUUGAGCACCGACAAGCGCGGAGGGUGGUCAAAAGAUGAGAAGCAGUUUCGGAAGAUGGAAGGCAUGGGGCCUGUUGAUGGGCCUGGUCCCAACGAAUACAGUGUGCCGUUCGAAAGGCUUGGUUGGGGCGUCAAGUUUCGUGGCCGCUUGGCUCCUCCUAAGGAGGAGCUGAAGCCGGCAGCUGCAGACUACUACCCAAUCAUGGACCUUGUGACACACUGCACUGGUGUGCCAAAGCCGCUGCACCGCACGACAGAGCGGCGCAGCAUUUUCGAUGUCAGUGCUGGCGGUCACGAGGGUGUGGCAGAGGCGCUGUUGAAGAGGGCGUUGAAGAGCUUGGAGGAGAAUGGUCAGGGGGCGGCCGAGCCACAGAAGCUGUCUAACAAGUGCCCCAACUCAAGACACAGCUGUGGACCUGCCAGGCAAUCGACGCUGGCCAGUGUGUCCCUUUAGUUGUCUUUGCCAAAGCAGUUUGUGAAGAAGGUGCAGGCCGCCUGGACCAAGCAUUUAUCACCAUGUUGGGAGAGGUACGAGAGCACUACUCCGAGCUGGUCAAUGCCAGCGCGGCGAAGCGAGAAAGUACGCGAGGCUUCUUGCGACAAUAUGUACGGCCCAUGGUCGCUUGUGGGUGCGAUGUCGGAUUGGCGUCCAACUCCAUCUAUCAGAGCAGAUGAAACAUCUCAGAAUAUGGCAGGGCACACUCACAUGACAACACAGCGUGUUCUUUUGACCUCUCCGGACAUGUCGUGCCCGAUUGCUGGACGUGGCUACUACGAUACUCCGUGGGAUCAAAUCCAGGCGGAACACCAGGCUAAAUCCCAUGUCCAAGUUGCUGGUCCAAUCAACUUCGACAAGACCAGACAGCAGGAUGAUCCGUUGAUUGAGAAGGAACAUGUUGUAGUACUCACCACCCACGAUACUUCUUUUCGCAGGACCUGUUGCAUCCUCUGGCAAGGAUUGGUUUGCAUUUGGAAAAUGCAGAUCUAUGUUGCUUUGUUGUUCAUCCGAACUUUCUGGGGC